AUGAAUAAAUCUAUUGGUAAUGGUGAUGUAAAUGAUAUAUAUAACAUGACUGGAUCAUCUCAUUCGCCAUCAUCAUCAUCAUCAUCAUCAACUACUAUGACAAUUAUAUCCCCAAGGAAUAAUUUAGAAAACGAUAUAAUCGAAAUACCAUCAUCGGCCGUUAUUCAAUCUCAACAUGUAUCAACUCCCGAUACAAAUAUUGAUUCUUCACUAGUUAUCAAUACAGUUGUAAGAAAAUUGGUCAAUACUCUUGCACUGGACUCAUCUCGAGGCCGUAGUGGUGACCUAUCAUCACGUUUGCGAAAGACGCGUGUGCCACCAUUAACAUCGAUUAGUCCCAUUGAAGAUGAUUCAGUUAUUGCUCGACUCGUUCAGCACGUUGCGCCUAUUAAUAUUGUUUCUACACUAUCGGCAAGUGAUUUUCAGAUCCCAACUCCCUUCUCAGUAACAACACCGGCUGUCGAUGAUAAUCCAACGAUUAGUAUGCCGCCGCCGCCAUCAUCAUCAUCAUCAUCGACGAUAACUGUGAUUCCAAAUGACAGCCCAAGUGAACUAGCCGAUGAAAUAUCUUUAAAUGAUGCCGAUCAAACAGCACUAUCGUCACUGACAACAACCGAUGAACCUGUCGAUCCUCGAACUAAAUAUGGUGCAAAAAGAAGACAUAAUAUUGUCGAAUUAAUUGAAACCGAAAAAGAAUAUGUCAAAGAUUUAGCAUUAAUUGUUGAGGGUUAUAUGAAUGUUAUUGAAAAUGAUAAAGAUAUUAAAAAACCAACCGGCCUGACAGGUCGCGAACGUGUUGUUUUUGGCAAUGUACAAAGAAUAUUUGAAUUUCAUCGAGAUACUUUUCUACCCCAACUUGAACAAUGCAUUGAAAAUCCCGAUACCCUUGGUCGAUUAUUUACUACAAAUCGAUUUAGUCCAUAUGUAAAAUAUUGUGAAAAUAAACCACGAUCGGAAUAUAUUGUUGCCGAAUAUCAUGAUUAUUUUGAAGAUAUUCGUAAAAAACUCGGCCAAAAAUUGCUCGUAUCCGAUUUACUAAUAAAACCUGUUCAAAGAAUAAUGCGUUAUCAAUUAUUACUAAGAGAAAUUCUCAAAUCAACGGAACGUAUGGGUGAUGAACCACGUGCUAUACGCAGUGCUUUACAAGUUAUGAUUGAAGUACCACAGCAAGCCAAUGAUAUGAUGAAUGUUGGUCGAAUAAAAGAUUUGCCAACCAAUGUACAUCAAUUAGGUGAACUUAAAUUACAAGAUAUGUUAUCUGUCAGUGAACCAUUAACAUCAAAAGAUACGAAAGAUAUUGAAAAGAAAUUUAAAGAACGACGAGUAUUUCUAUUUCAACAAUCUAUGAUAUUUUGUGAUGAAAUACCAGCGAAAGAUAAAUAUUCAAGUCCAAAUUAUAUUUAUAAAUAUGAACUUAAAAUUAACAAAUUACAACAUAAAGAAUUCAAACGCAGUAAAGAAGCAUUUCAAUUUACGUUAGUUGAAGUUGACGCUGGAAUUACACGUAGAGUUAUUUGCCAAUGUAAAGACGAUGAACAGUAUGAAUUAUGGGUCACUAGUGUAAACAAGGUGCUUCAACGUCAGAUGGAUCUUAUCAUAGCUCUAACUAAUCCAACCGCUGCUCUACAAAAAGAUCCUCGUUCUAAAUAA